AUGGAGCAAGUUGUGAAGCUGAAAACCCGCAACCCAGCUCUGAAGGUUCUGCUGGCAGUCGGCGGCUGGAGCCAUCCCUGGGAGAUCUUCAAUGAGCUGUCAAAAACCACCGAAUCCAGGAGAGAUUUCAUAAGCAACGCAAUCCGCUUUUUAAGAGUUUACGGGUUCGAUGGACUGGACUAUGAUUGGGAGUACCCGGGGGAUGUUGGCCGUGGAAGUCCCCCAGAAACGAAGCAGUCUUUCUCCGAUCUGGUCAAGGAAACAAGGCUUCGUUUCCAACAAGAGGCCGAAGUAAAAGGCAAGAAACGAUUACUAGUUACAGCGUCGGUAGGAGUAACAGAUGAGAAAAUUAAAGACGGUUACAAUAUAGCAGUGAUGAACAAAUACCUUGAUUGGACAAACCUGAUGACCUAUGACCUUCGCGGGGCGUGGGAUGGCUAUCUAGGUCACCACGCUGCCUUGUUUGCCAGAUCGGAUAAUUCAGGGACCCAGGAUACUCUCAACAUUGACUAUAUCGUCCGGAAUUGGAUAAAGAAAGGCUACGAUCCCAGCAGGCUUGUUCUUGGGGCCGUUUCUUACGCGCGCACCUUCACCAUGACUGACAGUAAUGCCUACUCGCCGGGAGAUAGAGCAACUGGUGCGGGACUCGCCGGACCCUAUACCAAACAUGCGGGAUUUCUUGGUUACAAUGAGAUUUGCGAGCAGAGUGGCUGGGACGAAGUCUUUGACCCUCAGAUGAAGGUACCAUAUGCAUAUAAACCAGACACGAAACAGUGGGUGGGAUAUGACGACCCCAAAAGCAUGGACUUGAAGGCCGACUACGUUUGCAAGAUGGGUCUUGGAGGGCUCCACGUGUGGGCAAUGGACAUGGACGACUUCACAGGGAGGUCUUGCAACGAGGGGAGAUAUCCUCUCCUCACUGCUGCCAAGGAGGGUCUAAAGAAAUGUUCCACUGCCGGAAAUCCGGGACCCGGCACGAGACCACCUUCAGCCAAUAGCAUGAACUUCCGGUGCGGACCAAUAGCUGUGUGGUGCGAGGCUGGGAAAAGAUGUCUAAAGCCUCGCCAAUGUCUGUCCUUGACACGAUCAAGAGGGAAAUAA